AUCCCAUCUCCUGUUUUCCACCUCAAUUUCUCAGAUGGAAUCAUCGUUUUCAUCUUCCCCCAUCUACUUUUCCCCUCAACCCUCUUGAUCUAGCCUCAAACCUUUCUAUUUUCCCCAGAAUUUCCCUUAUUUUGUACAUAAUCUGUAUCGAUUUUGUCUGAGAGUGACUUGUUUAUAUCGUGUUUAUUUGGAUUGACGACCCCCCCCCCACAAUCAUUUUCUGAAUGUUUUUGAUGUUUUGAUGCCUAAAUAGCUCGUGUGAAUCGAGGGUGGUGGAUGAAUAGAACGGAUUUGCUGGAUUAGAUGGUAUGCAGCUACAAUAUCAGGAAUGUGAUUUCUUGGGCUGGACAUGUAGGAAUAAUCAACCGAAGGGUUCAAAUCAACAAUAUCUGGAGGAGCUUGCCUUCAAAUCUUGGAUUUGUUCACACCUGGAAGCGUGAAUAUAGAACGAGUCUCAUGAUGAUGGUCGAUACGGGUGCAUCUGAAAAUCGCAGGCCGAUUGUUGAUAAGCAUCCAGAGAAAAAUGAAGAUGGUGGCUAUGCCAGUGGAGGGUGGAAAAGUGACGAUGGGAAACUUAGUUGGGGGUAUUCAAGUAUCAGGGGGAAGAGGGCAACCAUGGAAGAUUUCUUCGAUAUUAAAAUGUCGAAGGUUGAUGGUCAAACGGUUUGCCUUUUUGGCAUCUUUGAUGGCCAUGGUGGAUCUCGUGCCGCAGAGUUUUUGAAAGACCAUCUCUUCGAGAAUCUGAUGAAGCACCCAAAAUUUUUGAUGGAUACCAAAGUAGCUAUCAGUGAAACAUAUCAACGGACCGAUGCUGAAUUUUUAAGUUUGGAAAAAGAAACUUCAAGGGACGAUGGCUCCACUGCUUCAACAGCUUUGCUAGUUGGCAAUCAUCUCUAUGUUGCCAAUGUUGGCGAUUCGCGUGCUAUAAUUUCAAAAGGGGGUGAAGCAAUCCCUCUUUCUGAGGACCACAAACCAAAUAGAACUGACGAGCGGCGGAGAAUUGAAAAGGCCGGGGGUGUUGUCAUGUGGGCUGGCACUUGGAGGGUAGGAGGUGUGUUAGCAAUGUCCCGCGCUUUCGGUAACAAGAUGUUGAAGCAGUUUGUUGUUGCAGAUCCUGAUAUUCAGGAUCUUGAAGUAGACAAGGACGUCGAGUUGCUUAUUCUCGCAAGCGAUGGUCUUUGGGAUGUGGUGCGCAACGAGGAUGCAGUACUAGUUGCAGGGAAGGAAGAAGAACCCGAGGCAGCUGCUCGGAAGCUAACCGAAGCAGCAUUUACCCGUGGUAGCGCUGACAAUAUAACGUGCAUUGUGGUGAAGUUUCAUCAUGAUAAUGCAGAUCCUGCUGCCGACUAAGCAUUUUGUAUUGCUCAGUGUAGAUUCUUUUUCUAGAGAGAGAAAAAAAGAAGAGAAAACUUGGAUAUGGCCUGCUAAUUCUGCACCUGCAGCGAAUGGGUGUGCAAAAAGGGCUAGCUUUGAUUUGUUAAUUCAUUGGUAUUAUGUUAUUUGUUUUUCCCAAUCUUGUUUAACUGUUUAUUCCUCAUAUUUGUUUGCUGUCUGUCUGUAAACUGAGGCAGAACAAAUGAAUCUAGUUUUAAACAACUCUUUCUUUUUCUCCUCUCA